AUGGCGGCAGGACGGCGACCUUGCAAUUUCUCCCUGGCCCACCCCAGUGUCAGCAACUUCAGAAUGUGGCAACUCUCAAGCCUCUUCCUGUUGGUGACCAUCUGGGGAACUUCCGCCACACCAGCUCCUCCUGACUCUGAUGCCUUCCUUUCCUGGCCUUUGCAUCAGCCCCUCCGGCCUCUCUUCCUCACUUCCCUGACCUGGUCCUUCCAUCCCAGCUGUCCCCAACAGACACCUCUCAGAGCUCUGGAGACAGACUCAGUGUUCUCCAGCAGAGAGCUCUCCCACCGGGUGCUGCGGAUCCGCAAGCGAGCCAACACUUUCCUGGAGGAGCUCCGGGCCGGCAGCCUGGAGCGGGAGUGCGUGGAGGAGAUCUGUGACUUGGAGGAGGCCCAGGAGAUUUUCCAAAAUGUGGAUCACACACUGGCCUUCUGGGCCAAGUACAUCGACGAGGACCAGUGCGCGGCCCCACCCCCUGAUCACCCGUGCGACAGCCCGUGUUGCGGGCACGGCAAUUGCAUCGACGGCAUCAGCGCCUUCCGCUGUGACUGCGACCCGGGCUGGGAGGGCCGCUUCUGCCUAUACGUGAAGUUCCCCUGUGGGAGGCCAGGGAGGCGAAUGGAGAAGAAGCGCAAGACUGUGAAACGUGACACAAGCCAAGCUGACCAAAUAGAUCCAAGGCUCGUCAAUGGGAAGCUAUCCGGAUGGGGGGAGAGCCCCUGGCAGGUGAUCCUGCUGGACUCAAAGAAGAAGCUGGCCUGCGGGGCGGUGCUCAUCCACACGUCCUGGGUGCUGACAGCGGCCCACUGCAUGGAGGACUCUAAGAAGCUCAUGGUCAGGCUCGGGGAGUAUGACCUGCGGCGCAGGGAGAAGUGGGAGUUGGACCUGGACAUCAAGGAGGUCCUCAUGCAUCCCAACUACAGCAGAAGCACCUCAGACAAUGACAUCGCACUGCUCCGCCUGGCCCAGCCCGCCAUCCUCUCACAGACCAUCGUGCCCAUCUGCCUCCCUGACAGUGGCCUUGCGGAGCGCGAGCUCACCCAGGCUGGCCAGGAGACGGUGGUGACUGGCUGGGGCCAUCGCAGCGAGGCCAAGAGAAACCGCACCUUCGUCCUCAACUUCAUCAAGGUCCCCGUGGUCCCUCAAAACGAGUGCAUCAAUGCCAUGCACAACAUGAUCUCUGAGAACAUGCUGUGCGCGGGCAUCCUUGGGGACUCACAGGAUGCCUGUGAGGGCGACAGUGGGGGGCCUAUGGUUGCAUCCUUCCGUGGCACCUCGUUCCUGGUGGGCUUGGUGAGCUGGGGCGAGGGCUGUGGGCGCCUCCACAAUUAUGGCGUUUACACUAAAGUCAGCCGCUACCUUGACUGGAUCCACAGCCACAUUAGAGCUGAGGAGGCCUCGCUUGAGGGCCAGGUGCCUUAG